UUGUGAUCGUCCAAAUCAUGUAACUUUAAAAACAAGGAUGUGGUCUACAGAUAAUUGGGCUCCAGGAGAAGAUGAAAUGCAAUUGGAAAUACUUGAUUUAGAUAUAAAUGGGGAACAAAAGAUUCCAACAGGACAACCAAAUCCUUGCCAGCCAGAUUAUGAAAAAUUGAAUUUGACUCUGGGAGCCGCUGCUAUUAAGAAGAUGAAAGUAUAUUUAACAUAUGAGGAAAAUGAGUGGUGGCAGAACUUUUUCAGAAACCAAACAUCUGUACAAAACAAUGAAGCCAUCUGGCCACUAUCAAAUAUCGCAAAAUUGCACAGAUUAGAGGAUAUGCAGAUAAUUCCACAGGUUAAUUUAGGAACUUCAUGUUUAAGACCAAUGUUAGAUGCAGAAGAAGAAGUCAGGGAAGUUGUUACAAAAAGAAGGAAGAACAAAACCGCUAGAAAUACAGAGACCUGACUUUCUAUCUAUUCAACGAAAAAACAUGCUACUGCAUAAAAAGAUUAAAUAUAUAUAUAAUAAUGAAACCAGAAUUCUACAGAGUUUGAUUUCUGUAGUGAGCAUUGACUUGCAAAACAAGAAACCAAAUUCUUAUUUAAG